GUUAUAUAUAUUUCGGACAAUCAAAGGUAAACAUAAUUUAAUUAAAACACUAACAACGUGAAUGCAACGCAUUUAAUAGUUAAGUCUAAACCUUCAACAAAGAAAAAAAAAAAGAAGAAAAGAGACACAUGUAAAAAAAAGGCAGAAAACUUAUAAACGGGUUGUGAAACUGUAAAAAAUCAAAGGCAACAAAAGGUGGUGUGUGUGCUAAGUACAAAAAGAGCAGAACGUCGAGGAGAAGACAAAUAAAAAAACAAAAAGAAAUAUUUAAAAAAAACACGUAGAAACUAGAAAUUAUAUAGUAACUUUAUUCAAUUUUUUGUUGUUGCUUUUUUAUAUAUUGGGAAGUAUAUUAGCAUUCACGGUGUCCAAUCGGAAUAAUAAAAAAGCAUCCGAAACUACCCCCCGGACUAGCCGACGAGCAUCUCAAUCCGGUCGCGGUCGAAUGGCUGAAGCGGUAGUGGAGGAACGGCCUGCUGUGCCAGCGCGUUUCUAUUGUCAUAUGUGUAAUGUUGAAAUAAGCACACCAAACAGGGAUUUCACAUGUCCUUUAUGUGCUGGAGGUUUUGUCGAAGAAUUGCCGCCUCCCGCUCCGAGUACCUCAACUAAUGCCGCCGCUGCUGGUGGUAAUGACGAGCAACCAUUACCGUUGAAUAUGGAUGUAUUAAGAAAUGAAUUGGCUACAUUAUUGGCCUCGCGUAACGGGCCCAAUUUGCAAAUCUCCAUAGAUCCGGGUAAUGGUCGUGUGAACACUAGAGGUAAUUUAGUUACUGUAGCCGGCAAUGGCUCUAAUAAUCCAAACGAGGAUGGACGAGUACGAACUCAGAAUUUAGAUCGUUUUGAUAAUGUCUUAUUAAACUUUUUGCUGUCUAUAUCUGGCGAAACCGAAAUGCCGACAUUUGGCGGCUCGCAGAUGUUCUUUAUGGGCAAUUUGGGUGAUUAUGCUUGGGGUCGCGAAGGUCUGGACACGAUUGUUACGCAAUUAUUAAAUCAAAUGGAAACCUCAGGUCCGCCGCCAUUGCCACGACAUAAAAUUGACGAAAUACCCAAAGUUGAGGUAACCAAAGACGUCGUAGAUAGUAAACUACAAUGUUCUGUAUGCUGGGAAGAUUUUAAGUUAAAGGAAAUAGUACGUAAAUUGCCAUGUUCGCAUUUGUUUCAUGAGGAUUGCAUUGUACCCUGGUUAGAUUUGCAUGGAACUUGUCCUAUAUGUCGUAAAUCGUUAAAUGGAGACGACGAGGAAAACGAUGUUAAUAUGGAGCAACGAGAACAAGGCGGCAUUGAUAUUGAUACCUGUCCUAUGCAUGAAUUAUCGAAUGAGGAAGGUGCUCUAAGCGUCGAUAGUGAUAUUACAUUGGAUGGUAAUAAUACAACAACAAAUAGCAAUACCAGUAAUGAUGGUGCUAGUGCGCCACCUAGUCAGAUAAAUAUAACACGUCCUAAUGUAUUCGGAUUUGGAGAUAUGGAUUUUUUCAAUAAUGAUUUGGAUUAAAUAUCUUCAUUUUAAUUAAAACAGAUUAGUACAGCUUCAGUUCCAAACUCUUAAAUUUUGCCGCUUCGUAGUGCAUUCGCCAUAAACUCUGACAAAAAUUUUAAAAAUCUUUUAAAAUAGAUUCCCUGUACGAUUUGCCAAAAAAAAAACAAAAGAUUAAAAAA